ACGUGGGACAGACAAUCGUACCCCCUCAAAAAGCAGCCCGGUGCAGACGGAGCUUCAGUCAGGCGCUGGGAAGCGCUCAGACCGGAUCGUGUGCUCCUAACUUCUUUCGGGGUCCCCACAUAUGCGGAUACGCAGCAGAUAAUACGACCACCUAGAUUUUACACGUCUGUGCGCUUGCAAGGCCGCAGUCAUGUAUAGCUUUGGUUGUAGAUAUUUUUUGCCGGUAUUAUUACUAGUGCUGAGAACGCACGCCCAGUUCGACGGUUACGACGGAGAUGACAUAACGGCCUUCAAAUUACAAUGUGAGGACGAGAACAAAGUCACGCAUUUCAACAACGACAUCUGGAAAGCGGACAGGUGCACAACAUGCGUCUGCGAUAGAGGAAAUAUCAUCUGCAGUCAGAUAGUCUGCGACCAACAGAUAAUGAACCCCAACUGUAAAUCAUGGGAGACCCCCCUGAAUGAGUGCUGCCCCGUCUGCACAGACGGUGACAUAAUAGUGAAAUUCCCAGGCGGACCCAAGGGAGAGCCCGGUAAUGCACUGAUCGACGGUGAAGGAUAUGCUGGCUUGCAGGGACCAGCAGGCCCCGCUGGACCCCAGGGCGAAUCUGGACCACCUGGACUUCCCGGUAGCCGAGGACCACCCGGACCCCGGGGACCACCUGGAACACCUGGCAACCCUGGUACACCUGGAACACCUGGACCCCCUGGACCUCCCGGACCCGGUGGUGCUGGCGUUAACGUUUUAGGCGCAAUGACUGCAAGUGACAUGAAGGCUGGCGGCGCUGCUCUUGGGAUGCAGGGACCAAUGGGCCCCAUGGGACCCCGUGGAUCUCCCGGACCCCCUGGACUGCCCGGACCCCCCGGAUUCGGUGGACCCCCUGGCGAGCCUGGUGACUCUGGCCCCCCUGGUCCUACUGGCCCACGUGGUCCUCAGGGACCCCCUGGCAAGUCUGGUGAAGACGGUUCUUCUGGAAGGGAUGGCAAGCCCGGUCCCAUCGGCCCACCCGGACCUCAGGGCCCGCGUGGCUUCCCCGGCACUCCCGGUAUCCCUGGACUGAAGGGACACAGGGGUUUCCCUGGUCUGGAUGGCGCUAAGGGUGAGGGUGGUGCUCCUGGUGAGAAGGGUGAGGCUGGUACUCCCGGUGCUGCUGGAUCUCCAGGACCCAUGGGUCCCCGCGGUAUGUCUGGAGAGCGUGGCCGACCCGGACCCACCGGUCCUCCCGGCCCUGCUGGUGCUGACGGACAGUCUGGUGCAAGCGGUCCUCCCGGCCCAACUGGACCUACUGGACCACCUGGCUUCCCCGGCCGUGCUGGUCUGAAGGGUGAGGCUGGUGCCGGUGGUGCUCGCGGUCCUCCUGGUGCCCAGGGAGAGCGUGGAGAGGCCGGUCCUCCUGGUCCAUCUGGUAUCGCCGGUCUGCAGGGUCCUGCUGGUAUCGACGGUAUCCCCGGUGCUAAGGGAUCUGCUGGUGCUGCUGGUCCACAAGGACCUCCCGGCUUCCCCGGACCCCGUGGCCCACCCGGUAACGCUGGUAGCCCCGGCUCCCCUGGUGCCAAGGGACCACCCGGCGCCCCCGGUCUGCCCGGAUUCAAGGGAGAUGCUGGCCCCAAGGGUGCCAAUGGUGAGCCCGGUGAGAUCGGCGCACCUGGCCCUGCUGGUGAGGACGGUAAGAGGGGACCCCGCGGUGAGUCUGGACCACCUGGCCCACCUGGACCCAACGGAGAGAGGGGAGGUCCCGGUCCCGCUGGUUUCCCCGGUUCUGACGGAGGUCCCGGUCCUAAGGGUGAAGCUGGUGCUCGUGGUCCACCCGGUGCUCAGGGCGGUCCUGGCCCGUCUGGCGAGCCGGGCAGGCCUGGUGAGCAGGGCUUACCCGGACCUAGAGGUCUGACUGGACGUCCUGGCGCUGACGGCAAGACUGGAGCAACUGGACCCAACGGACCACCCGGAGAGGACGGUCGCCCCGGACCCCCUGGCCCACAAGGUGCUCGUGGUCUCCCCGGAGUCAUGGGCUUCCCCGGACCCAAGGGCGCCGGCGGAGAGGCUGGCAAGGACGGCAAGGACGGAGAGGCUGGUUCUCAGGGACCAAGGGGAGAGGCCGGUAAGGACGGAGAGAUCGGACCGGCUGGACCCCCCGGACCCGUCGGUGAGGCUGGAGAGCGUGGAGAGCCCGGCCCGACCGGACCUCCUGGAUUCCAAGGAAUGCCCGGCCCUGCUGGACCACCUGGCGAGGGUGGUAAGAACGGAGACCCUGGUACCCCUGGAGAGGCCGGACCCCCCGGACAAUCUGGCCCACGCGGAGAGCGAGGUUUCCCCGGAGAGCGUGGUCAGGCUGGCCCAGCUGGGGCGCCAGGCCCACGUGGUCCCAACGGUCCCGCUGGUAGUGACGGUGCUGCGGGAGCUCCCGGUGAGAAGGGACCGCCCGGCGGAGUUGGACCCCCCGGUCUUCAGGGUAUGCCCGGUGCUCAGGGAUCUCCUGGUGUUGGUGGCGCAAAGGGUGACCGUGGUGACUCCGGUGGACGUGGUCCUGAGGGUGCUCCUGGCAAGGAAGGUGCACGUGGUCCUCCCGGCCCUGUAGGCCCAAUGGGUCCCUCAGGUGCUAACGGCGACAAGGGUGACCAGGGCGCAGCCGGUCCCAUCGGUGCAACUGGUUCUCGUGGUGCUCCCGGCGAGCGUGGACAGCCUGGACCCGCCGGCCCCGCUGGAUUCCCUGGCCCACCUGGUAACGAUGGUGCCCCUGGUGAGAAGGGUGAGGCUGGUGAUGCUGGACCUAAGGGUGAUGGUGGUGCUCCUGGUGCCCAGGGUGCUGCUGGACCCGUCGGACCUCCUGGACCUUCUGGUGUUCCUGGCAGGAAGGGUGCUCGUGGUGAGAAGGGACCGGACGGCGCUGUUGGCUUCCCCGGUGCCCCUGGCCGCGUCGGACCCCCCGGCCCAACUGGACCUUCCGGUAACGCUGGUACACCUGGUAGCCCUGGUAAGGAUGGUGAGAAGGGUAUCCGUGGAGAGCCUGGUCAGGCUGGCCGCCCUGGUGACUCUGGUCCACCCGGCCCACCUGGUCCCGAGGGCUCCAAGGGUGACGUCGGCUCUGAUGGUCCCGGCGGUCCACCUGGACCUCCCGGUCCCCAAGGUCUUGCUGGAUCAAGGGGUAUCGUUGGUCUGCCCGGAACUCGUGGUGAGCGUGGUUUCCCUGGCCCACCUGGUGCUGCUGGAGAGCCCGGCAAGCCUGGUAACGCUGGACCGUCUGGAGAUCGCGGCAACCCCGGACCUCCUGGCCCGCAGGGCAUGAUGGGUCCACCUGGCGAAGCUGGUCCUGAGGGUCCCACAGGAAACACCGGACCUCCUGGACUCCCCGGUGCUCAGGGCGAGAAGGGUAACCGCGGUAACCCAGGUCCCAACGGUCCCGCUGGCAUCCCCGGCCCUCUCGGCCCACCUGGCCCCGCUGGUUCUGCCGGCAAGCAGGGAGAUCGCGGUGAUUCUGGUCCUCCCGGCCCAUCUGGUCCUACUGGUGCCAUGGGUCCACGUGGUCCUGCUGGUCCUUCUGGUGCUCCUGGUGCUAAGGGUGAGGCUGGAGAGGCCGGAGAGCGUGGUCCUAAGGGACACCGCGGUUUCGCUGGUCUGCAGGGUCUGCCCGGUCCCCCUGGCCAGCCCGGUGACCAGGGUGCAACUGGUCCCGCCGGUCCCGCUGGACAGAGAGGUUCUCCCGGAGGUCGUGGUCCAUCUGGUCCACCUGGUAACGAUGGUAAGCCUGGUCCUGCUGGUAUGAUGGGUCCCCGUGGUCGUCCCGGAGAAGCUGGUCCCGCGGGUAUGCCCGGCCCCCCUGGUCCUCCCGGUCCCCCCGGACCCGCAGGCGAUCCCGGUGGUUUCCCCGCCUCUGCAUUCAUGGGCCAACCUGCCAAGGGCCCAGAUCCACUCAGAGGCUAUUACAGAGACGCCCCUGCAGUCGACAUCGGCAAGGACACCAAGGUCAGCGACGCUCUGGAAGCCAUCAGCGCACAGAUCGAGUCUCUCAAGAAGCCAACUGGCACCAGGAAGAACCCAGCCAGGACCUGCCGCGAUCUUGCUCUCUGCCACCCAACAUGGCCAUCUGGUAACUACUGGAUCGAUCCUAACCAAGGCUGCACUGUUGAUGCUAUCGAGGUGUGGUGCGACAUGAAGACACUCGAGACCUGUGUCUACCCCAAGCCAGCCAAGGUACCGAAGGCAUCCUGGUACAACGGCCCGGCCAAGCAACUCUGGUUCUCCGAGAGCAUCAAGGGAGGCUACCAGUUCGGCUACACCGCCGACGACAUCCAGAUGCAGUUCCUGAGGUUGUCCAGUACCAGCGCCCGCCAGAACGUCACCUACCACUGCAAGAACUCUGUAGCGUACUUCGACGCUGCUGCAUCCAACUACAAGAAGGCUCUUACGCUCAUGGGCAACGGAGAGACAGAGCUGGGCGCCCAGGGGCCCAAGAAAUACCAACUCUAUGCAGUGCAAGACGGAUGCCAGACCGCCACAGGGAAAUGGUCGUCAACAGUCUUGGAAUACAAAACAAAGAAGACAACGCGGCUGCCCUUCACCGACAUUGCACCUUACGACAUCGGCAGACCAGACCAAGAAUUCGGCGUCGACAUUGGCCCCGGUCUGCUUCAAGUAGAGAACUCACCAACAUCUUAUUUUUAACUGUUCUAUUUUUGUAUCGGAGCGCUUUUCUCAUUUUUGGGUAUUCUAUCGGAUCGCCAAGUUAGUGAUUUCUAAAGUUAUGGGAGGAUUAGACACUCUGGGGCAGUCUUAACAAUGGCGUAGAUUUGUUUGUACAGUUAGGAUAGAGAAGUGCCAUGGAGUUGCUCUUGAGCCAUGAAUUAAACUUGCAAGGAAAGGAUUAACUAAGGUGGUGUCACUUGGAAGGUAGCGAGUUGGUGCUAUACAGUGCCGUGAGAGGCAGGCAGAAAGUCUAUUUCAUAGUUCAAGGGCACUUUUGUACAUAAAGAGUCUUAUUGCAGACUGUUUUGUAGUGUGAUUUUACAGCUAACGCUGCGAUAGCGUGCCAGUAUGUAACCAGCGGUCACAGGGGCGAUGCGAUGACGCUUGGAGGAUAUCAAAGGUACCACCAAGGAAGAUUCUCUUCAUCUGUUGCUCCUUGUAGGAGAGUUUGAAUUCGAACUUAGAAAACCCCCCUCGCCUCGCGCCAAACCUGUGACCGCUGAAUGGAAGACAAAAAUCAGGGUCCAAAUAAUCGGUGCUAACAUUCCCAACACAAUGGUGCUUUGACUCCUUACCUCAAAUAUCGGGGAAAAAUUGAGCUUCAACCCCCCUUAGUUUGCGAUGAAAAUAAACAGAAAUGAAAGGGCCUCCAUACGAUACCCAAAACUGCACGUAGAAGUCCGGGACGAUAUGGGCUUGCUUGGAAACUGCUUUUUUUGCGUUUGUCCUUUUGUUUUUGGGGUAUGAUAGACACAUAGUUUUUGAUAGGAUUAGGUCCAAUAUUACAUUUCGGUACCGAUGCAAUAUUGGGCUUAGUAGUAUAUUAGGUGCUAGAAGGGUUAUGUGUAAUGAGUGUACUGAUUUUAAUUGUUCUUUUUGAAAUCCAUAGGACGUCUGUAAUGAGGACCCUUUCCUAGAUUAUGUUAAGACAUAUCCAUGAUUGUAAUUAUACUUGAGAUAUUUUGUGAAGCCCAGGACUUUCUACAUGCAGCCCGUGAGGAAGGAAAAAUAAAGCCUUUUGCAAGAAGUUGCA